AUACCAGGGGAGGGUGGACAGAGAGAGAACAGCGUAUGUCAACGCUUUGCGACAGUUCUCGACUAUUUCCGUCAGAAACACAUGCAGCAGCGACAACAUGAGAGGUCAAAAGUUAUGAUCGUAAGCUUUAACAGGGGAGAGACGUAACACACAAACAUGGCCAGUUCCAUGGUGGCUGUGGGACUGGCUCUGGCAGCAGCUGGAUUUGCAGGUCGCUAUGCCAUGAAGGCCAUGAAGCAGAUGGAGCCUCAGAUGAAAAUGGCUCUUCAGAGCUUCCCAAAAACAGCUUUUGGUGGAGGGUACUAUAAAGGUGGAUUUGAUCCGAAGAUGUCAAAGAGAGAAGCUUCCCUGGUAUUAGGAGUCAGUCCCACAGCCAACAAGAUGAAGAUCAGAGAGGCACACAGAAAACUGAUGACUCUGAACCAUCCAGAUAGAGGAGGAUCUCCCUACCUAGCAGCUAAAAUAAACGAAGCAAAGGAUUUUUUGGAUGCCCAGGGAAAGAAGUAGAAGAUGAAGUCAUACUUUCGAUUCCACACUGCUCUUAAUUAUGACAUUGCACAGAUGGACAUGAGCAACUACCAGACUUUCUAACUGAUUGUUCGCAAAUAAAAGCACUGUACAAAUCAUAAA